UUACGGUACUAGCCGGGGCUACUGACUGUGUUACGUCAGCGAGAGCCGCAAAGUUCCUUGCCAGUCUUUGCUGAUGUAGGGGAGCUGAAUAUUAAAAGGGUGAAGGUGGAGUUAUUGCUUGACUGCAUUUUCCCCCCCUUUUUUCUGUUUUCUUUAUUGUUAAAAUCUCCAGGUAAAGCGUCUGUGAGCCAGGACCUUAAAGACGUCUCUGGCAGAGGGGUGAGUCAGCGGGUGCAAAACGACCGGGAACUGUUUGGUGGGAGAGACGGUCCCCUCUCCCCGCAGGGAGGAGGCGGCGGAGUUGCUCCGGGGACCGCGGGCCGCCCCACUUCUCGCCGCGCGCGCGCCAGUGGCUCUGCAUCCGCGCUCCAGGACAACGCUGGCAAACUACGCUCCGCAGCCAUCUCGCUCUUGGUGAACAUUUCACAUCCGCGUUUCCCCUCGGCCUGCGCGAUCUAUCAUGAAUCGAGCCACACCGAGUGUAACUGCGGGUGGGGAGAAGCUCCCAGAUGCCAACGGUCCCCGCCUUUGAGAGUCGACGGCAGACCAGUACUUGCUUGUGGUUUGUGGGGGGAGACUGGAGUUUUGAAUUCCAAUUAUGUGCAGAAUGCUCAAGCUUCUCACCCGGACGGAGCGGACAGUGCAGGACAGGGGACUCCCAUAAUUCUGGGAUCGCAUUUUGCACCGCGUCUUCCCGAGUUCUGUGAUAGGGAGGGAGCCGGGGCCCCGGGCCAGCCCUGCGGGUGGAGAGGAUCGGCUGGCUGCUCCGCGCGCCCCUGGCCAUGUCGCCUGUAAAGCCCUACCCCUUUGCGUGGCCUACUGAGGGUUUCCCGGGCUGGCCGGGGUUGCUUCCUCGCUGCACGUUCUCUCUUACCCCCAGACAACCCCAGCAGACGAGGCUCUUGGGAGCCGAGAGCUUUUGACUCCCCGCUCCCUCGCUCCCGUCUUCCGCUCCCGCCGAGGGGUGGCCCUCGAGAGCCGGCCCCGGCCCCGGGGGGCUGGGACCAUGGUGUUUCUCUCCGGAAAUGCCUCCGACAGCUCCAACUGCACCCACCCGCCGCCACCGGUGAAUAUUUCCAAGGCCAUUCUGCUCGGGGUGAUCUUGGGGGGCCUCAUCCUUUUCGGGGUGCUGGGGAACAUCCUCGUGAUCCUUUCCGUGGCCUGCCACCGGCACCUGCACUCGGUCACACACUACUACAUCGUCAACCUGGCGGUGGCCGACCUUCUCCUCACUUCCACGGUGCUGCCCUUCUCCGCUAUCUUCGAGAUCUUGGGCUACUGGGCCUUCGGCAGGGUCUUCUGCAAUGUCUGGGCGGCGGUGGACGUCCUGUGCUGCACGGCUUCCAUCAUGGGACUCUGCAUCAUCUCCAUUGACCGCUACAUCGGCGUGAGCUAUCCUCUGCGCUACCCCACCAUCGUCACCCAGAAGAGGGGCCUCAUGGCCCUGCUCUGCGUCUGGGCGCUCUCUUUGGUCAUCUCCAUCGGGCCCCUCUUCGGCUGGAGGCAGCCGGCCCCGGAGGACGAGACCAUCUGCCAGAUCAACGAGGAGCCGGGCUACGUGCUCUUCUCGGCUCUGGGCUCCUUCUACGUGCCGCUGACCAUCAUCCUGGUCAUGUACUGCCGGGUCUACGUGGUGGCCAAGAGGGAGAGCCGGGGCCUCAAGUCGGGCCUUAAGACCGACAAGUCAGACUCUGAGCAGGUGACCCUCCGCAUCCAUCGCAAAAACGCCCAGGUAAGAGGCAGCGGGGUGACCAGCGCCAAGAACAAGACGCACUUCUCCGUGAGACUGCUCAAAUUUUCCCGCGAGAAGAAAGCGGCCAAAACGCUGGGCAUCGUGGUCGGCUGCUUCGUCCUCUGCUGGCUGCCUUUUUUCUUGGUGAUGCCUAUUGGUAAGUCUUUACAUCAGCUCUUCCCCUUCUGCUAUCCUAGACUCACAGUCAAGGGUAGACGAGAAAGGAUCUGCAUUUCAAACGGCAAAGCUAGGAGGGCAGUUAGGAAAGACUUCCUGUAGAAAAGUAAAUUUUCAUUCCCUUUCUGCUCCAGUAUCACUUAUAUUCGGUACUAGGGCACUUUUUCGACUCCUGCAAAGUGCUUUCCCAUCGAUGCAGAUUAAUUGGUCUUCCUAAUAAGAACAUCAGCUUCUGUUAAUGCUUUUAAGCCUGUGUUUAAC